CUCCUGUCAGAACGAAACUGCCAACUGCCUCCAUUUAUGGACUUCACUGUCACUCACCUCCUGAAUCAUCAAUAUCAACAACACUUUAUAAACACAGUGACUAGCAACUCCAUUCCCACUUCCUGUGCCAACUACAAAGAAAAAUGACUUCACCAGAUUGGCUAACUGCUGAUUUUCUCAAGUCCUGCCUUGAGUCCGACAAGGAGAAUACCCAGAAGGUGACUGUCACCGGAUUCACAGUGGAACCUGCAGCUCCGCCUGGAAGCAACUAUGGCUGUUGUGUUUCUCGAGUGAACGUUCAAUACGUGGAAGUCGGUGGCGAAGAUAAUCAACAAUCAGUAUCUCUCAUUGUAAAAUCACCAGUUGUCGGUGGAUUCAUGGAAGAGUUCAGUGACUUCAUGCGUGACAUCUAUGAGACUGAACCCAAAUAUUAUAACGAUUUUAUUAGUGCAACUUAUAAAUGGUCCAAACACAAUAUUGUACCCAAACAUUACAAAUCACCAAAACCCCUCUGUGUUGUGCUUGAAGACCUGAGGUCAUCAGGGUAUCUGAUGGCUGAUCGUCACGAACUGUUGGACUUCCAUCAGUGCCGACUUUACGCCGAAACCUCUGCUAAACUCCACGCUCUCUCAGUUGCAGUCUACAAGGAACAUCCCGAAAUCAUUGAAGCGUUGGUGAAACAAAGCCCUGAUUUUGUUGAAAAAGGACGACAGGCAUUCAAAGUUAUGUGGACAGUUGGAUUACGGUGCAUGGCCGCUUACCUAGAAGACAAACCAGACUACAGAGAGUAUUGGGAGUUCAUCAAAACAGCAGAGGAAAAUGAUAAUUUGUGGAACAUUUUUCAAGAAAUGGAGAAGAAUAAUCAUCAACUGAAAGCUUUGAUUCAGGCAGACCCUUGGUGCACAAACAUGAUGUUCAAGCACAACGCGCUUGGAGAGGCCACUGGUAUUAAAAUUUUUGACUUUCAAAGCUUAAAAUACACGACUCCAGUUAGGGAAUUCGUUACAUUUAUCUGGAGCAGUGUUAAAUUGGAAGUUCGACAAUCUAAAUUGGAUGAUCUAUACCAUCUCUAUUGUGACUCCUUAAAUGGAUAUCUUGAAGAAUUUGAAUGCACAGAAAAAAUAGCCUUUGAAGAUUUCAAAGCAGAAAUCCUUUCCUUCAGUCCCCUUGUUGUGUUGAUGCUUUGUUGUGUGUUACCAUUCUCUCUAGUUGAUGGUGCUAUAGAGCUAGCUACUUAUCUAACUGAAGAAACCCUGAAAGUUCCUAUUAAAGAAAGCCCAGCUUAUCAAACCUAUCAGGGAAAAGCAUUCAAGAAAAUUUACCCCCAAAUUCUAGACCAAAUCGCCAAAGAAGGUGUUUUUGAUUACCUGAGGGUGAAAAUGGACCAACUAAAAUCAAAGUAAUGAAUAAAAUAUAUACCAUAUGUGUUAGUAAUAAAAUUUAGUUGUUUAUAUAGCUUUAAAAAUUGUACUUUAUUAGCACAAUAUUGUUAUAAAUAGACAGUUAAUCCAUUCACUCUUAUUUGUCAUAAAAAGUUACAAUCAAUGGA